GCGGCCGCCGCUCACGCGCGGCGGUGCCGGGGCUGACCGCGGGCUAUGCUGCUUCGGAGCGCGGCCGGGGGCAGUCGGGCUGUGGUCGCCGCGGUGAGCGGCUCGGCAAGUGCCCCGGCGGGGGCGGGGCCCGGGGACGUCCGUAGCCGCGGUCCGAGGGCCCCCGGGCUUUCCGCACCCGCCGCGCGCCGUCUCCUCCAGCCGUGGGUCCCGACAGUGAGGAAGGGCUGGUGUCCUCGAUGGAGGGGUUGGAUAAAUAAGUUUGUAGCCUGUCGCCGGUGGUCGUGGGGGGCACGCUGGCUGUCCAGCCAGGACUACUGCCAGAGGCUUCCUGGAGAUGGCAGCGCUCUUCGCAGACACCAUGCACAAGUUCAAGCCUGUGAUGGCCGCAGAGAGUUCAGUACAGGCCACGUGGAGGUGGGCUCCCGAGCAGGCACAGACAGCACCCAGCAGCCUAAGGCCACCCUUCCCAGCAGGGGCCCCUCGGAGCCCCCAUACUCUCUGCCACCUGAGCUCCAGCCCCCCACGAACUGCUGCAUGAGUGGCUGCCCCAACUGCGUGUGGGUGGAGUAUGCAGACGCCCUCCUGCAGCACUACCGGGAUGGUGGGGAGCGGGCCCUGGCUGCCUUGGAGGAGCACGUGGCGGAUGAGAACCUGAAGGCCUUCCUCAGGAUGGAGAUCAAGCUCCUCAUGAGGGGUGGAGGCUGAGCCAGUCCUGCUUAACACCCUCAUCCCGAGGAGCUCCAGCCCACAGCUUCUGCUCAGGAAGGAACGCCUCCUUUACCCGUACUCCCUUAUGGGCUCUGUGUAUGCAAAUGAGUAGGAGGAAUUACUGACUCUCCCUGAGAAUAAAUGAAUUCUCUGUGGUGGUAAGCA